UUGAUACCCGUUUUGGUUGUAGACCUGAUUGUGAUUCAUCCUUUUUCCCUCCCAUUCCGAUUCCACCCCGUCCGUGGCCAGUCACCCUCCUCCACAAACAACCAUCUUCCUGCCAUCUGCGCGCCCACUUCCUGUCGGGAACGGCGACUGCAGCUCUCGACUGUCACCUUUCGUCUCUCCAAUCCCGUCCGUCUUCUCUCAUCCUCCGCUUCUUCUCUUCCCCCCCUCCUCGCCCAUUCGUUCGCCAUUCCCUCCCCUCCGGCCCUCCACAACCUUCUCUCCCCUCGACUUUGUUCAAGGGGCUAGAGACUUGACCUCCCCUUGUCAUGCACAAGAUUUCCAAUUUUACGGGCCAGGCCCGUCAUGGCUGGGAGCGAAUGACGCCCACCUUUGGCAUGUCUCGACCGCAUACCGACAUGACUUCUCACUCUCUCCGUCGACCGCAUGGCGCGCCGCCCAUGACUCCUCCGACCGGCAUCGACCCGACCGUCAAUCUCUCGUUCAACGUGCCCUUCUCCUCGACUCUUGCCGGUCCCGACGUCGACGAUGUCCUGCAUGCGAGCCCUGGCGCCCUUCAACGUUGGACCUUCCCCGAGGGCACUCCCGAAGGCACCCCCGUCCACCAGCUUCCGGUUCACGCGAGCAAUGUCGACGCCCUGCGGAGAUUGUGUCGACAAAUCACCGAAAGCAGUAACGGGAGGGUCGAGGCGGCUGUGACCUCCUCGGAGCCCAAGACUGUUCCUUCGCUACAACGGCGCCCCCAGGGUUUGGCGACCAAUGUCUGCAUCACGGGUGAUGGAGAGACGGUGCGGAAGAUGCGAGCGAGGGUGUUGAACGAGACCCCGAUCUUGUUGCGAUGUGCGACCGUGGAUGUGGACAUGCACCUGAUCCUGGACGGAACCACCAAGAAUAUCCGAGCGAGCGUCUUGGAGCAUCUGGAUACGCUGGCGGCCUAUACGGGCACGGAUAUCUUCCUCCUGAGCCCCAAAAUCCGCGAUACGGAUAGUGCGGUGGUGUCUUCUUAUGGUUACGCUUCAGAUAAUGGGCUGGAUCAACGCUUCCGGGUGUCCAUCUACGGCGAUAUGGAGAGCGCUGAGCAUGCCAAGACCAGGGUCUUGAUUAUGAUCGAUCAGAUUCUUAAACGUCACGUGGAUGCCGUGAAGCUGGAGCUGACCAUGCACACCUUGGUCUGCGGCCGUACCCGCAAGAACAUCAAGCUGAUUGAGGCGGCCACUGGCACGGCCAUUUACUUCCCGCCGCCAUUUCCCCGCAUUUUCGGCUACACGCCGCCGGGUGCUCACCGUCGCAGCGAGAACGAGGUCUACAUUACCGGUGAUACGCAGGAGCAGAUUGCACGUGCGAAGCAAAAGCUUCAGGAACUGGUGAUGGGCGUGAAGAUCUAUGUCAAGGAUGUCAUUGUCAACUCGAACAAGAUCGACAACAUUCUGCUCGACCGUCUGGACAAGGUCCGGAAGGUGAUGGAGAUGAACGGCUCCUACGUCCUCUUCCCUCAGCUGGGUACGCAGCGCGGUCUGGUUCGCAUCCAGGGCACCGAAGUGUUGCACGUCGAGCGCACCGUGCGGGAGAUCAUGGCUUUGGCUGGUCAAUUUUACAGCGCAUCGUGGUGGAUCAUUAUGCCCGACCCGUCGCAAGGGGGUUUCCGGGCGCCGUCUCCCGCAGACGUCCGCACCAUGCUCUCCGACAUUUGCAGCAACUCGGGCGCUGAAGUCAGCUUUGACAACCUGACCUUCACCAUCAACGGCUCGGAUGACGCGGUCAAGGCAGCAAUGAUGGUGAUCAACCAGAUCCCUUUUGUGCAGCGCAGCCAAUACCAGAUGCGCGUGAAGAUCGAACUCGCCAACGAGCACAAGGAAUUCGUCAGCGGCAAGAAGAACGGAAAGAUCAACAAGAUCAUGGGCCAGAGCAACGUGCAAAUCAUCUUCGAUGGUUUCAACGAGUACAACUUCUACAUUGACGUGUGUGGAAACCAGUACGAGUCCACCAAGAAUGGCUUGGAUCUUGUUGAACAGGAAAUGCCGGCGUCGAUCUCAUUCCACGUGCCAGACCAGUACCACAAGCGCAUCAUCGGCAUUGGCGGCCAGCACAUCCAGCGCAUCAUGAAGAAAUACUCGGUGUUUGUCAAGUUCUCCAACGCCAUGGACCGUGGUGGCAUGGGCAAGGAGGAAGAUGACAUCAAGGUUGACAAUGUCAUUUGCCGGACCCCUGCCCGUAACGCCCAGAGUCUGGACUUGGUCAAGCAGGAGAUUAUGGACAUGGUCGAGAAAGUCGAUGCCGAGUAUGUCUCCGAACGUGUCGUCAUCAACCGGCUGUAUCACCGUGAACUACUUGCGCGCAUGUCCGAAAUCGAUGAGCUCGAGAAGAAGUGGAACUGCAAGAUCGAGUUCCCUAGCACCGAACUUGCCAGUGACGUCGUGACUAUUUCCGGACCCGAGUACCAGGUCCCACAGGCCGUUGACGCCUUACUGGGAAUGGUUCCGGAGAGCCACGAGCUACUCUUCCAGAGCUCCGCCGAGCUGCGCGAGUAUUUCAAGUCGACCGAGUUCCACGACGACGUGUGUGCCAAGCUCAAGGACCAAUACGAGGUCGAUACCACCGUUGAUACUAGUUCGGACCCUCCGGCCUCGGCUUCGGAGAGUGGCUCUUCUUCGCCCGUCUUCGGGCCGGAAGACCGGGUUGUGCUCGGAUAUACUCGCAACAAUGCCGGCGGACUCAAGGAUGCCAUCGACUUCCUGAUCUCCCGAUUGGUCGCUCACGGCCUUGACGCAACUACGGUCAAGGGAGCUAUUCCCCGUCCCAAGUCGGACUCUUUUGAAGAGUCUCUCCCCUUCUUUGACUCCAAGUUGCUGCAGCAUGCGCCUGCUCCCAUUGUCACCGACUCCCCCACUCGACCCAGUUUCUCGGAUGAGACCAGCGAGCGCGGGUCCAUCUUCGAGAGACUGCGGAAGCCUGGCAGCAUCUCUUCCUUUUCUUCGUUCAUUGGCCGCAAGAAUCACUCGGCCUCUCCCGGAUCGUUCUUUAAGCAUGCCUCCAGUAACGCCUCGAAGGCGUCACUGGUCUCCAUGGAGUCUCGAGACAGUGGCUACCGCAACCCAUGGAAUGAUUCUGGCGUGAACCUUGCCGAGGACGACGUGCCUGUCCUCGGAAGUUCUCACAGCCACAGCAGCAGCAAUGGCUGGCCCGCGCGCUUUGACACCAAAUUUCCAUUCGGUACCGCGCCAGGGGACAUGACCCCCAAGCAUGACCCGCGCGCUUCUUUUGACAGUGGUCGUCCUAGUACUUCCAAUUCUACUUCUGGAUACCCGGCCCCAAUCGGGCCACCGCGUUAAAAUCAAUGUCAAUUUGCAGCAGUAUACCCCAAGAGACUUCUGUUUUUUCUUUUCUUCUUUUAGUUUCUGUUUUUCGUUUUGAUUUGUUGUCAGCGAUUCGUGUUU